UAAGUCGGUUGUGGACUUUCAUCAUACCUUUCGUCACACCAUUCAGACAGUUCCCAAGUUCCCAAACCUCUCUCUCUCUCUCUCUCUCUCUCUCUCUCUCUCUCUCUCUCUUCCAUCUUUCAACUGGGCUUUUCUUGCGAAGAAGAUCAUCAGAGUUGAGGGAUACUGUCAAAAAGAGAUGGAGAUUGAGGUGAGAGUAGUGGGAGGAAUAGAGAGCUGUUUCGUCUCACUCCCGCUGCUUCUCAUCCAAACCCUUGACUCCACUUACUCUCGCUCCGGACAGCCUCUCCCUCCUAUUCUCGCUCUGGAGCUUCGCUCUCUUGAUGGAAAUCAACUAUGGCAUGUGGCUUGGUCUGGUUCUGCCUCUACUUCUUCCGCAAUUGAGAUUGCCCAGCAAUUUGCAGAAUGUAUUCGCCUGCCAGGUUAUACUACUGUUCAAGUACGAGCUGUCCCUAAUCUGCCAAAAGCUUCUCUUGUAACAAUUGAACCCCUCACUGAGGAUGAUUGGGAAGUUUUGGAGCUUAACUCUGAGCAUGCAGAGGCAGCUAUUUUGAAGCAGGUGCUUAAUUAA